AUGGCGUCGAGAAUAUCUCCCGUGAGUCCGCGUGAGGAGGUGAAAGUAACAGGCGGGGGAUAUCGGCCGGAGGGCAUGCCAGAUAUGGUGAUAGGACAGGAGAAUGACCCGGUAGACUACGCAAUCAAACCAGAUAAGGUUCCCGGUGCGGUUUUUGCCGACAUAAAACAGAUGGAGAAGGUAGAUGUGGCGGAGGAACUCCAGAAAAUGGAGGGCUUCGCAGACUUGCUCGGCGAUGGUCCUUAUUCAACUUGAAUUAGAUUUGGUCACAAAUAUGAAUUCGUGAAAGAGUACUUGUAAUAGAUAAUCGUUGUUGAUAUUGCUCAUUUUGAUGAUGCCAUAGAUUCAUGGGAGUCAUGUGCUCGAUUGAUUCAUACAAAUAAAUGUGUAUGCACGUAGUUCUACUAAUGUCUCGUACUUCAUUCUCAACGACCGUAAUUCCUUUUCGACUCCCCAGGUGACGACGGCGGAGACUAUUUCAAAUCGGAAACAGAAUCAUAUUCCGCUCUGAUUGCACGAGCGCAAUCAUUCGAAUUCUUUACACUCGCUAUAAUUGUCUUUAAUGGUAUGAUCUUAAUCUUUCUUGGAGUACAUGAAUAAAGUUUCCGGCUGAGUUUUCUUUUCUUCAGUUGUUUGCUUUAAUCGUAAUCGUAAUGGUAAUUUCUUAUGCGUUAAUCGUAAUCGUAAGUGUCCUCAAUCUUCUUUCGUAAGUCAUGGCCUUGUGUAUUCCUGAUGGUUUACAGUGAGCAAGACAAUGAGACUAAUUCGUCAAUGUUAACCUCCUUAUAACCACAGGUCUGUGGAUGGGGUACGACACGGAUAACAACGUGACGUCAGAGGGAAAGGCGGUUGAGACACUGGGUGACGCUAAUUUAGACUUCGUUAUCAUGGAAAAUUUCUUUGCCUUGUAUUUUACUUGCGAGGUGCUUAUUCGGUUUGUCGCGUUCGAGAAAAAGGGAAAUUGCCUUAACGAUUUCUGGUAGCAAAAUUGUUAAGACCAUUUAUGUUGAGCGCUCAACACAUCAGGAAGGAAAAAAAUACAACGGCGGAUGAUGCUUGAAGAUAGACUUCCAACUGCGGAGGCAGUAGAACAAAUUGCUGAAGACAACAAGGAAUAAAGUCAACGGGAAACUAUUUAUGCCAUCAACUGAGGAUUACCUCGCUAAGCUCCGAGUCACCAAGCUCCACGUAGUCCUCUCCUACAGGUUCAAGUUCGAUUCGUUUCUCGUAGGCUGUAUGGUUCUAGAAACGUGGGUAAUGCCAUUGAUUACGGGCCCUGGAGGUGGUGGCAGUGGUAGUGGAACAGGCAGCCUUUCCAUUCUGCGUUUACUGCGUCUUAUUCGGCUUACGCGGCUAGUGCGGCUCAUGAGAAGCGUGCCAGAGCUUCUCACGCUGCUGAAAGGUGAUGAAAAUUUGUUGACAUCAACCGAGGCGAAUGUGAUGAGAAUGUAGUUUUCCGUGGUCAUGUUUCGUUUCAUUAAUAUUUUCAAAAGGGUUUUGCAACUGAUGUGUUCUGAAAAUUUCAGGUAUCUCGACGGCGACCAAGGCGGUCGGAAGUACCCUGCUCUUGCUGUUUAUGGCGCUCUACGUGUUUGCUAUCAUUUUCCGGCAGAACAUAGGCUCUGCCAAUCCGGACUUUUUCGAUGACUUCGGUUCAAUAUGGAAAGCCGCGUAUACGCUGUUUUCAGCGGGUACGGUAAUCGACAACAUCGCGCCGCUCUUGUACCGAAUGAAGGAGGGAGGCACCGCCGUCGAUCUCGUCAUGUUCUUCCUCUACAUUCUGAUCUCCAGUUUCACCAUCCUAAACAUGCUUAUCGGUGUGCUCGUGGAGGUACUUACUUUUAGUUAGUAAGAAUAGGGUGGGAUGAUGACUGGAAUUGAAACUUACUAUCAAUGCGAUGUUUGCCGAUGUUUUCUUCGAGUAACGAUUCAGUUACAGCAUCCAUAUUUGUGAGAUAAGAAUGUUACCUAAUCAUAGUGCAUAUACUGCGACUAUUUCCGAUCUCAAUGUCGUGGUAUAUUGCUUCGCUGCUAGGUCGUUAGUUCCGUUUCCGUUGGGGAGAAGGAGAAGGCAGUUAUCACUGGUGUAGCAGACCAGCUGUCUUCCGUGUUUCGUGACAUCGACGUGGACGGAAGUGGCUAUAUUAGUCGAUAUGAGUUCAACGAAAUGCUAAGUGACACAGUGGUGAAGGAGAAUCUGAUCGAAAUUGGGAUCCAGCCGAAGCAUCUGGCACUGCUGGCAGACGCUUUGUUUGAGGUAGAAAGUGAGGAAACAGCGGACGCCGAGGGGGAGGAAGGCGCAGACCAAGGAAAAGAAAUCUCCUUCGUCGAAUUCCUCAGAUUUGUAUUUCAUUUUUCCCACAAAUACUAUACACUUACAACUUCGUGAGCUAUAGGGGUAGUAGUUGUAUCUUCAUGUAUUUGUUCUCAUUCAAAAUUUGAUAUCUUAUACUGCUAACGGAAAAUUUGUGAUGCGGACUUGCUUGUGGGUAUCGUCAGCAUAUAGAAAGUGGAAUUGAAAAAUGAUGCUUCUAGCUUCAACUUCACUCUUUCUUGAUUUCACAACCAUCACAAGGUGCUUCACACGCGGCCACAGAACCCGGCUAGUGUACUAGAUAUAUCGCAAUUGCGGAGACACUUCACAAGGACGAUGGAGAGCUCUCUGCGAUACAUGGAUAUGAAGUGUGAGAAUGCGAACACCAGAAAGGAGAUGAUCGGGCGUCGUAUAGUCCGUCUCAAGUUAUGGCGUUACUGCACAGAUCCAACGGCUCUAAUACUGGAUCAUUCUUCAUUGAUGUAAUUACAUACUUAACGAUAAUUCUCAAGUCUAGGCUGCAUGGUUGAAAAAAUGUACACUUCUAUAGAAUAGGUUGAUACAUCAACGCAUCGACUAGUUGUUGUUCGAUCUAUUUUUGUACUGCCUUUAUUCACAAGGUGCUAGAGAAGAAGAAUGGAAGUGAUUUAUAUGAACAAGCAUAGAACUCACGUCUAUACGCAAAACAAGCAGAUACGGAAAUGAAAAUGACUUCUAAUGAGGCAAGAAACAGAGAAUAUGGAAGAGAGUGCCGACAGACGACGACAAGAAAUAUCGCAGUUGAAAGAUAAAAUCGACGCAAUGCGGAUGGAACUCGAGAAUAAAGGAGCCGGACACGUCCUUGAGAUGCGGAAGAAGCGCUUCGGAAUGUAGUUGAGAGGUGUAUAGUAGUAGACCUUCCCAUCGCUUGCGAGAAUAGGUAGAAGAAUAAAGCGGAGCAUGAGUGAAGUUGUACAACCUUAACCUUGUCUCUGUGUCAUGUAGCCUUCGACAAACGUUGUUUCUGUCUCUGAUUCAUCAAUUAGAUCUAACCCCCUUGAAUUUAGAAAUGCAUUACCCUCAGAGCUACUUAACGAUACGACUUUACAGUUAUUUGAAUGCAUGCGUACCUGCAAGGCCCUUUUUUGUGUAGAUUGUCAGUGAUGUCACCCAGGGAUGCAGAUAUAUAGGUAGGUUGGAAAUAGCUUCUAGGGGUACGAAAUGCAAAUAAAUGUCCCUCGUUUUGAGGAGUUCGUUAGGUUUCUAUCGCUCGGCAUUCUUGUCAACCUCGCCUUAUAUCAUCAUGUAUUUCGAUGACAACGGAACCAUUGCCAGUCGCCUUAGUUCUUAACUCUCUGUCUAUUAUAACCAAAACAGCAAAAACUCUUUUCAAAGAUAUCAACGCAAUAAACAAAAUAAAGAACAGGAAACCAUUCUUACCAUUUGGACAUUACCAUUAUCAUUCAAUAAAUCGUUGGUCAAUGAUAUUACUCUUACCAUUUUUUUUUAUAUGAAUCAUUCAGGCGAGGGUCAGGGGCUGGAUCCUUUUCUACAAACAAGAACUUGCUAUUCUAAUUUCAAUACUCAAAUAUUUAAGCAGCAACCGGUAUAUUCUGCACUUUUUUUGAGAAUAACUAACAAUUUCAAUCUGCGGAGCUUCUCUUUUUCUCGAAACAUUCGAAGAAGUCGCACUUAUUCUGUGACGAAGAGAUGACGCUGGCAGGAUCGCAAACGCGCAGACAGCUUUUCCGCAACACCAGGGGUUCAAAAAUUCAAGCUUGCGGCUUUUUGUGCGACUCAGUUCCAGUACAAGGAUAAAAAUAGAAU